AUGGUCGGCAAUGUUGUCUCAAAUGUCGCUGCUAUGAGCCAAGGAGAACGAAAGUUUGCACAUGUAGAAAGGGCUGCGGAGGAGCUUGGUAUUCGCCUUGCGGAGCUGCAUGACUUCCUUGCCACCUCCGAGGGAAAUGCUUUCAUGGAUCAGCUUUCUGGCAUGGCUGGUCCCCAGCAAAUCUCUUCUGCGGACGAACAACCCCAGGAGCCACUCUCCCAAGAGCCUUCUUCACAGAACGAUGCCCACCAGGAGCACGCUUCCCAAAAUACUUCUUCCUAUGAACCUUCUUCCUAUGAGCCUUCUUCUGAGGAGCAGUCUGCUCAGGAAACCUUGUCACCGGGAGGAUUUUCUCAGGGAAAUGUCGAAGCGCAUCCUAUGGCAUUGACUCUCUUAAACACUCCGCCAAAUGAGAACUGA